CGGGGAGCGGCGGGCAUGAUGGCGGCGGCGCCGCUGCUGGUGCGGCUCUGCCCCGCGCCCGACGCCGGCGAGAAGCCGAUGCUGAAGCUCCAGAGCUACUUCCAGUCAGGGAAGCGGUCGGGGGGCGGCGAGUGCGAGGUGCGGGUGGGCCCCGAGCCCGGCACUUACUGGGUGCACUUCCAGCAGGAGCGAGAUAAGAAGAGUGUGGAAUCCCGCGCAGACCAUGCCUUGGACAUUGGUGCCAGACGCCUGAAGAUAGUCAUCGAGGCGGGACAAGGGGACCUGAGCAGGAGCUCGUUUACAGAGCAGGCCUCCCCUAGAAAUUCCAUCCCUUCCAGCUCUUCCCCACCUCCACAAAGGUCCAUGGAGCAGCAGGCAGCCAGAGGCCUUGGAGACAUGGCAAGGGAAGUCAUUACCAAAAAGAUAUUUCUUACAGUAUCUGCAACAUUGAAUACGAGUAUGUUCACUGACCAGCAAAGGGAGAAAAUUACCAUUAUAUGUCCAAAUUUAAAAAGAGAAGGAAAUCCUGGCUCUGAGAAAUUGACGGGAGAUUUUACAGAUAUCAAAAAAGCUUAUCACUACUUUAAGGAUAUUCUUGAAGGCAGUGACCCAAACCAUGAUUUUUCACAUUCUGAAACAAAGAAUAGUUUGAAAGAUGAAAAUGUUCUGAAUACUGAAGAAACGAAUGAGAUUACAGUUCCGUCAGCUCUCUAUGAAUAUUUCAGUCAUACCUGCAAAGAACAAAUCAAAGUACUACGUGAACGUUUUGGAGUGUGUAUAAGAAGAGAAGAUCAUUACAAUGGAACCACAUCAGUAUGGUUAACUGCUGAUAAAAGUCCUGCAUCAAUACAAGGAGCUAAUGAUUUUUUUAUCAGAACUUUUCAGAGAAGUGUAGAAGAUCUGAAGCAGGAAAAAAUUCCCAUAACAAACAGUUUCACAUUAAGCGAGACAAUAAUGAAAUUAAAUGCUAAGUUUAGUAAUCUUCUUGCCAAAGAGGAAGGGAAUCAGUUGCUCCUCCGUGGUCCAGAGAGUGAGAUUUUAGCUGCCAAAAAAUUUCUAGCAGAGGAAAGUGAGAACAGCCAAGUUGUAAAGAAUAUAAAAAUAUCAUCUGAGCUGUACAAAUACAGGAAUGGAAUUGAAGUUGAUGUUUCUGUGUUUAAAUUACUGGAAACAGUAUUAAACAAAGAAAUUGAAGACAUUAAAGACAAAUUUGAUACAGUAAUCGAAAAGAAAGACAAUUUGCAUGCCCAGAAGAUGCUCUUAAUAUUUACACCUAGGAUCAAAACUUUUGAUAUGUCUUCACAUGCUACUGAAAGUUUCAUUAGUGCAUUUCAAAGUGCCUCUGCAAGGUUAAGAGAAAAACUCAUCAGCUCAGAGCUUUCAGAAGAUCAGAAGAAAAGAUUAGAUAUGCUACUUAAUGGAAAACUAUUGGAAAAUCUGCAUGUAAAACUUACAAAGAAGGAAGACCAUUUCAUCUUAAGUGGUUUACCAGACCACCUUUAUGCUGCUGAAAAGCACAUUAUAAACCUUCUUGACACUGGAGACUCAACACAAACUAAAAAUAGGGCACCACCAUCCUCUAAUCUCAGCUAUCAAGAAGCUACAGGAACAUCUGAGAAGAAAUACAAUGGCAAGCAAAAGAAUAAUCUUUCUUCUGAAGGACAGGUUAAGGCAAAGACAAAAGAAGACAACAAAGAUGUAUGUCCAAUUUGCAUGGAGAGAAUUAAGAAUAAAGAAAUACUGAGAAAGUGCAAUCAUGCAUUUUGCAAAAGUUGCAUCAAUCAGGCCAUGACUUACAAGCAAAGUUGUCCGGUUUGUGGUACCUUCUACGGACUCAUGAAAGGAGACCAACCAGAGGGAACAAUGUCAACUAGAACGCUGUCUUCAUCUCUCCCUGGUUAUCCCACUUGUGGUACUAUUGAGAUUACAUAUAAGAUGCAUGGUGGUGUUCAAACUAGCAACCAUCCAAACCCAGGGAAACCUUAUGAUGGAACUUCUCGAAUGGCAUAUUUACCUGACAGUAAGGAGGGGCGAGAAAUUCUGCAGCUCCUCAGAAGAGCCUUUAACCAAAAACUGAUUUUUACGGUGGGGCAGUCACGUACUACUGGUGCACAAGGUGUCAUCACAUGGAACGAUAUUCACCACAAAACUUCCAGAAUUGGAGGACCUACCAAUUUUGGUUACCCUGAUCCUGAUUAUCUUCAGCGAGUUCGAUCGGAAUUGAAAGCAAGAGGAAUUGAAUAAAGAAAUUUAUCAACUGUCAUCUCUUAAGUGUAAUAACUGAACAUGUACCAGUUAAUUUACUAUUCAAGGACCAAGAAGAAAGAAGUUAAUCACUUGGUAUUUUGCAGACAGCUAAGAAAAGUAAUCUUUUUCAUCAAAUGAUAUCUAUUCUUUACACAUCAUUUACUUCCUUGAAUAAUACUUCUCUCUAUGAGUAAUCUUUACAGAAGACAGUACUUGUUGAAUAUCAAACUGUGUUAUCUCAUUUUACCAGGGACUCUGAUCUACACUUUUGCCCACAUAUCUGACCACAAAAACCAAUAGGUCCACUACUAGCUUUUACUCAAUCCAAUGCUUGCUUUAGCUUUGUGUUAUUACAUCUGUCCUCAUGGAUAGCAUCACUUAACCCAUCUGCUGGAAAAUUUUUAUGUAGAUGUUACAGUAUCAGCUGUGAUCGAACUAUGAUCUUUUGCUUCUUUUCCUUUUCGGUGUAGAAAUGGCAUUAGGGGUUUUGGUCUUAAACAUGGAAUUAGUAUGGAUAAUGUAUUAGGGAGUACGUGGAUGCUGCUGUAUUUUUAAGCCUGCAGAAGUGCUGAAUGCUCAGAGCUGUGUUUAAGCAAAUGGAAAGUAACAGUGCCUGUGGCCAUCUCAGAUAAUGGGGUCCUGGUUCUGUGCCUUCCAUCAUGUUUAAGCUUAAUUACAACUUUUAAGUCAGCUUUGCAACUAUGAAAAGUUAUUCUUCUCAUUGCUUCCAAUAUAUGGUUAAAUUAUAUUAUAAAGAUACUGUUGCUACUCUGCACUAACAAGGCUGCUAAUUACUUUUGUGGUGGUGUUAAACAAAUAGCUUUCACUUAACGCAGCCAUAAUUGUGAGUUAAACCAUUUGUGUUAGGCUAUUGAAUAUAACUAAUAAAAUACAAAAAUACCA